AGUGAGCACAAUUCUAACCCAGCGUCCUCUGAGGUGGCUUCAUAAUGAUGACUGUGGCCCUGAUCCUCCCCAUAGCAGCCUGUGUGUUCUCUCUGGGAAUUGGGCUGUGGGUUUUCUGCAGACAUCUCGCAACUGAGGACAUCCCAGCAGAUAUCGAUUGCCCCUUGAAAUUGAGGAUCCUUAGCUGCGUCUUCCAGCUGUUGAUGACAUGGGGGAUGAUUUUCGAGAAAUUAGGACUCUGUGGUAGAACAGAAUUUGUCAGUUUUGUGCAUGAUCUGAAACCACUGAAGAAGUAUCCAGGUGUUGUGGUCACAGAUCUCCGUUUUGGGACAAUCCCUGUGAAACUGUACAGGCCAGAGACACCCUCAAGUAGUCCCAGGACUGGUAUUGUCUUCUAUCACGGCGGUGGGACUGUCCUGGGGAGCUUAAAAACUCAUCACAGCCUCUGUGCGCUUUUGUGCAAGAAGACCGACUCGGUGAUUGUGGCAAUCAAAUACCGCAAGUCACCCAAAUACAAGUUUCCAGCAAUGUCAAGAGACUGCCUAGGGGCCACUGUUCACUUCCUGAAGUCCCUGGAUGCAUAUGGAGUGGAUCCAGCUCGCGUUAUUCUCUGUGGUGACAGCGUGGGAGGAGGCAUGGCAGCCUUCCUUUGUCAAAUAUUUGUGAAUCGUCCAGAUCUCCCCAAGAUUCGUGCUCAGAUUCUGCUCUAUGCUGCUCUCCAGUUUCUGGACUUCCAGUCCCCUUCCUUCCAGCAGAACAAAAACAUCCCAUUGCUCACAUGGAAUCUUGCUUUCUACUGUUGGUGUUGUCACCUGAAUAUCAAUACUUCCUGGAAAAGUAAAAUUGAGAAAGGUGCUUAUUUGCCUGCAGAAGUCUGGGAGAAGUACAGAAAAUGGUUGGGUCCAGAGAACAUCCCCGAGAGGUUUAAGAAGAGAGGCUAUCAAUCCAGACCCCGCGAGCCCUUAAAUGAAGAUGCUUACCUAGAGACAAGAAUUGCUACAGAUUGGACAUUCUCACCCCUGAUCACAGAAGAUGACAUAGUGUCUCAGGUGCCAAAAGCUUGCAUUGUGAGCUGUGAGUAUGAUCUUAUCUGUGACCAUUCUCUCCUAUAUAAGAAGAGACUAGAAGACUUGGGCGUGCCAGUGACUUGGCAUCACAUAGAGAAUGGUUUUCAUGGAGUGCUUACCCACGUUGAAGAAGGUUUCUUCCACUUCCCCUGCUCUCUGAAAAUUCUGGAUAUUGUAGUCAAUUUUAUCAAGGAAUUGUGAACCUCUUUACUUCCCAAGAAAACUCUACUGUCAUCCAGCAACCCCUAGAACUCUCUGGAGCUGUGUUAAGUGACACUGCAUCAGGUUAGGUAGGGGUAGAGGCAGUUGUCUCUAUCCUAGUCUGGGUUCUAGAACCAUACAAUUCAUGUUCUUUCUGCUGUAUAGAGAAGAAUGGAAGAGACAGAUUUGGAGGGUGAGGUGGAACUGUCACGGUCCACAUUCACUGUUGGAGAAAUUUGAGUUGACCAUCUUCAGUGGCCAUUUGUGAGAGUGAAACUACGUAAAAAGGAUUCUCUCAGCCUCAGCUAGAGUUCAGUCUGUCCAGCUUGACCGAGUGCAACAGGAGCAUGUAGUGGGCAGGGCCUUGGAAAAGCCCAGGGCCAUAAUGCACAAUCUCAUGGAAAUUUUCCAUUUGGCUAAGAAGGUGACUCUCUGGUGGGUCAUUACCCCAGGAUGGUGGGUAAUGGCAGAGGUGGAGAAGCUCUCUUUGGGAACACAGUGAUAUCUCUUGUUGUUCCCCAGCCUCUGGGAAAAGAGUCUUGCAUGCCUAGUAUGGGAGAGUUAAGAUAGGGUGGAUAGAUUUUUCCAUGGUGACUGCUUACUUGCAGCCGUUGAAGACAGAGCUGCCUGAGUAUGGCAGCUCUGGGACUCCUGAAGUCAAGCUGAGCUUCUAACCAAGGACUCAAAAUAACACUAUAGGAGAGGAGUUGGGAACAAAGCUGAGUGCUGAAUCAGAGACCCAUGAGAUUGAGUCCUACCAAACCCAACCAUAUUUGUAGUGAGAAGUUGUGAGAUGGCCAAAGAUGUAUAAUGAGAACUCUUUAGGUUUUGAUGUACAGACCCAAUUCAGAUUGCUUGAAUCAUAUAAAAAAUUAUACUAGUUUAUGUAGCAGUGACUUCCAGGGAUAAAUCAGGCAUAGCUUAAACUAGGAGCUCAAACAUUUCCAGAAGAAACCAUCUCUUCUUUUCUUUGCUCUUAUUUGUUGACUUCCUCUUCACCUCCCUACAUGGUAACACUAAGCAGUUUCAUGUUUACAUUUUCCUGGAGUCAAGUUUAUUUUUAUAGAAAUGUCUCAUGCUCAGGAGUUCCAGAAAAAAAAAAUUGAAACUUACAGGCUCAACUGGUUUUCUUACUGAUGUAUCUAGUUGUCAAAACCAGGGGAUCGCAAUGUUCUGAUGGGUUAGGCCCAGGUCCUACGCUAUCCUUGGAGUGGAAAACGGAGUCAACCUCCGCUAGCACCUGCAUCACUGUGGAGCCAGGUUGUAACACUGUGAGGAGCAGGUGACAUUUGCUCUUCAGUUCUGUGUCUUUUUUUCUUUUUCUUUUUCUUUUUUUAUCGGUACCGGGGAUUGAACUCACAACUGCCUGCUUGCAAGGCAGGCACUUAUGCCGCUGAGCUAAACCCCCAACUCCUGUUCUGUGUGUCUUUGAUGAAAGAUUUCCGAUGAAACAUACAGGCAGUCAUAUAAAGGUACAGUUUAUUGCAAAGUGAUACAUUUUAAAGGUAAUAGAUAAUUUAUCAUGAAGUACAAAAGUGGGCAGGCACCAACAUGACAGAUGUAACGAAGUCUCCCACCACACUUCCUGAUUAAAUGUCUUUUCAAGGAAUACCAUUUCCUUUCUCUGAGAUCACUACUCUUUAACAAUGAAAUUGGGGCUGUUCUGAUGAAUUUCAGAAACAUUUUCUUUUACUUACCUAUGGUAGAACAUUUCCAUUUAUUUUAUUUUGAGACUGUAGGGUGUUUUUCCAAACAUUUACCAUGGUCUGGAUUUUGUAAUAUAGUACAAAUUUUAUACCAAGGAAUUUUAAAAAUCAAUUAGUAGCUUGUUACUGUAUUGAAACAAGAUGUGCUCACCUACCCUGUCACAUAAUUACUCUGCUAAACCUAGCCAGCCCUGAUUGUCUGUGCCCAACUUCUUUUCAUAGAUAGUCUGUCACAGGUCAGACUGUCCCACUACAAGGACUAUGUUUUCCCACUCAAGAAUAUAGCCUGUUUUUCUAAUAUGUUUCAAAGACUUUCUACCCAGGAUGAAAGAGCCCAAUCAAGCACACACUUCACUCUAUCUGUCCCACUCAGGAUUCCCUUUCCCAGAACUUCCCCACCUCAUAAUAAACAAUUCUCUUUAGUUAAGUCUGCCUGACAACAUAAUUCAUGUAACCAAUUAUAUGAUAACUUGCUAUCAUUCUUUGUUCUUCCUGCUUACAAAGUAUAUAUAACUUUCUGUUUCACCCUCAACUGAGGCUGAUGAUUUGGAACUGAUUCCCACAAGUCCACUAGUAAUAAAUCAUUGCCUUCGAAACUCCUCAGCGUGAAGUGACUUCCUUUUGGGUCAGUACCAGGUUGCUGCAACAGUAUAAUCUCUGGACCUUAUUAGCAUGCUCCGAGGAAUUUAUAUUAUUUCAGGCUAAAGUUUGAGACCAUAAGUUUGUUUGGAUUUUAUG